GCAGUGACUUGGUGUGACUCCUCCACUCGUCAAGUGUGUUUUCGCAUCUGCAUGUGGCGAAGCAAGAAUCAUUGUUAAUUAGUUUGGAUUUUUCGGGAGAAACUCGAUGGUUGCGCUUGCACCUUGGAGAACAGUUUAUCGAAGUGUGAAGCUAAGUUGUUGCGGUUAAAUGUGGAUGGCAAUCAAUCGAAACUAGGCUAUAGGAUCCGCUUUUCAAGUUGUGCGAGGGAUUUUUUUUUUCUCUCCAAUUCAUCCAUACCAACCUGAAGAUUGUGUUCCUAAGAGCCAACCGAAGAAACAAAACUCCGGAAACGGUACAAGUUUUUUUUUUUUCAUUUCAUUUUAUAUUUUCUUCAACAACCGUGUGCCUGUCCAGCAAAGUCUUUUGCGAAACGAGAUCCAAAGGAAACGGUCGCGCGCGCUCCUCGUGGUACAAAACAGGAGAUAUGUUAUCUUCAAAAGUCGAAUUGCAAUCGUGAUAACAACGUUUAAGAGAAGAGUGACAGAUAAUCAAUAAAGUGAGUAAAAGCAAAAGAAGAAAAAAGUUGCAACGAAACGUAGGAAAGGAAAAUUGUUACAAAUUCAGAGUGUGUCCCAUGUCUUAUGUCUUCGGAGAAAGAGCCCCAAGUGCAUGUUGUCUUUGUGUGUGAGUUCUCCUAGAGGUUUUCUCGGUGGAAAAAGUGUUCGAAAAGGCCUUGCUGGAAAAGAGUGACAUCAGCAAGAAGAAAAGUGAUUGGCGCAGUGCGUUUCAUGUAUGCGAUCAAGAUCCUCAACAUACUUUGCGACAGCGAAGGAAUGCUUGAUAAAAUAAAAGUAUAAGCAGUAAAAAUAAAUGCCACAGUAGAGAAGAAGAAGAAUAACAUACACCCGUGAAGCGCAAGAAGCUUGAAUGAAAACAAGAAAAGAGAGUAUAAAAUAUUUAUAUAAAAAUUAAGCAGAAGAAACGAAGAGAUAAUCAAAACGCGACAACCAGUUGGAGGGAACCGCGAAAUAGCAAAGAAAACGAUGAAGAAGCAAUCAGCGAUCGAACGAGUGAACAUAGUUGGCAAAAGAUAAAACAAACCAACUGCGGGCGCAUUUCCGAGAUCUUAACGGUAGGAUCUUGCUUAAGGUCGCAUCUUGCCCUCCUCGUCCUCGUCUCCUGCCCAGUGGGGUGAAAUUCGGAUACCAUCGCUUCGGAAUCGUCGUCACAGCCGGAGAGAUAAUUAAUAUUUUCUUUACGUUCGGCGUUUUGUGGUAAUGACAACUUGUAAGCGUUUUCGAAUCUUGACCAGUGUCACCUUAAUCGCGCUGAUUAUCAUCUCGCGAAGGCAGUGUCAUUGUGUUGGUGGGUCCUCGGCCAGCGACGAUAACGAUCAGAAUUGCUGUAGUGGUGGAUGUUGUGACGGGCGAAGAAAUACCCGAAGAGUGUUGUGCAACGCGUUUUAAGUGGAACGUAGGUGUUUUGAAGAGCAUAGUCCUGAUUGAAGUACAUGCUUCUGGGGUUUGAAGGUCAUCGUGUCUCCUCUGUAACGAGCCAAGGCAUUGCGAUUUGCUUUUGUACGAAGAGUUUCCCUGUUAGUGUAGAUAACCGAAGAAAGCUAACAGAGAAAGGAGCAUUCAGUUCGAAAAACAAUACACUCUGUUCCAUCGAUUUUAAGGAUUUUCUUUCGAACCGAGAUUAGCUGCAAACACGAACAUGCACGCGUGGCUUUAUGUCCUCGCGGUGCUGGCGAUUCUACAGGGUGUAACGCAAGUCGCUAGCACCGGCGAUCAACCAUCAUCCUCCUCGUCCUCCUCGUCCUCCACCUCCUCGUCAACACUGCUCAGCAUCCGGAGUGCAGAUGAGCGAUCAGAUCGUCGGCCGUCGUCAAGUGAUGGUAGCGUGGCGCAAAGUGAGUCAAAGGUGGACGAAGAUAGUUUAGAACGACCGGCGGCCGGCGAGUUGCACCUGCAGCUCGGUCCGGUCGACAAAGACGCAGACGAAGAAGCCGAAGUGAACGGGAGUAGUGAUAGUGAUAACAGUCUAGAUAUUAGUGGUAGCAGCAGCAGCAGUCAUGAUGGUAGUCAUAGUAGUGAUAGUGAUAGCAUUAGCAGUAACAGUAAGCCCGAUCCUGAAACGCUAGUCGAAAUCGAGAAGAAUCUCCUAAGUCUGUUCGGUUUUCCCAAGAGACCAAAAAUUGAUAGAUCUAAAGUGGUGAUACCGGAGGCGAUGAAGCAGCUGUACGCCCAGAUCAUGGGCCACGAUCUGGUCGACUCGGUCAACGUGCCAAAGGAGGGCCUCAACACGCGCAACGCGAACACGGUGCGGAGUUUCACGCACGAAGAAAGUCACAUAGACGACCGCUUCAAGCAUCACCACCGCUUCCGGUUGAUGUUCAACGUGUCCAACAUCCCUCGAAGCGAGAAGCUGCGGGCAGCCGAACUCACACUGAACCGUGACGCCAUAGAGGACCUGCGGGCACGAACCGUCCAGCAUCAGAUCCUGGUGUACGACAUCGUCCGGCCGGGGCUCAAAGGCAAACGGGCUCCAUCCUUUCUGUUGAUCGACUCCAAAACGGUCAAGAUCAACGAAACGGGCUCAAUCAGUGUGGACGUUCUGCCAGCGGUCGAACGGUGGCUGCGAUCACCCAAGCAGAACCACGGACUCUUCAUCCAGGUCACCAGCAAGAGCAAGCGAAAACCACAGUCCACGCCGGAACAUCACCACGUGCGACUGCGACGAAGUAUAGACGAAAGCCACGAUAAGUGGUCUCACAAGCAGCCCCUUCUGUUCACCUACACCGAUGACGGUCGACACAAGCAGCGACCAAUUCGGGAUGCCAUCAGUAAUGCCAAUCGGGCCCGGAGGGCGCCAAUGAGGAAUCGACGAAGAAAGAACGGCAGCGAAACCUGCCAGAGGCGACCUCUCUACGUGGACUUCAGCGACGUGGGAUGGAGCGAUUGGAUCGUCGCACCGCCAGGCUACGAAGCAUAUUACUGUCACGGAGACUGUCAGUUCCCCAUCGCUGACCAUCUCAAUACGACGAAUCAUGCGAUCGUACAGACGUUGGUCAACUCGAUCAACCCCAGCCUGGCACCGAAGGCGUGCUGCGUCCCAACGCAGCUCUCGUCCAUCUCGAUGCUCUACCUUAACGAGCAGAAUAAGGUCGUCCUGAAAAACUACCAGGACAUGACUGUAGUCGGAUGCGGAUGCCGCUGAUCCACAUCGCAAUGUACAUUUCACAAAAACCCCUGUAUUAUAGCAGCGUAUCCUCUUAAAGAAGAUACCGACAAAGUAUAUAGAUAUACAAAAAAACUAGAUUCGAUGUUGAACCGGCCGGGCCGUAGCUUACACAACUCAACCUUCUUAUCUGAUGUCAUGUAAAUUUUUAGUCCAUAAGUGAACAAAGAGGUUAGGAAACGAUCGAUUGAGUCAACCGCGUGGAAACAAAUGAGUGAUUGAAUGAGCGAAUCGCGUGCAUGAUUUGAACGGUUUCAGGGAACUCCACCCGAUAGGUGUUAGGCUUCGUAAGCUCUAGAAACCAACCCCAGUGUUGAUAGAAGGAAACAUACAAAUUGUACAAACAACCAAUCGAAUGUGUGUAUUGCCAGGCGAGUGCACGCUUGAUUGAGAUUGCCAAUGGCGAAGCUGAAACAAAGCCCCCAUCCAUGAUGCAACCCAGGCAGUGCUCGUGUUAGCCAGAACUCGCAAGCAGAUAGGCAUGCAAAACCUGUUUUGUAAAUACGUCUAAUUUAAACCCGCUAGCUAAUAUAUAUAUAUUUAACUGCGACCCAAGCUACCACUGUAUAAAUGAAAAAAAAGCUACCCCGAGACACUUACCCUACACACGACGAAUGAAUCACUCUCAUAAGCUCUGUGAAGCAGCAGCAAACAGCAGGAUAGGAUUGUAAACUUUUACUCGUAGCCAGGAGGGCGAUGUAGUGCGCAAGAUGGUUGUUUUAUAAUGUAAACGAACAAUAUUUGUUGGAGCAUUAUGUUUUAUUUAUUUAGUACGGUUAGACAGAAGGGCAUAUCCUAGAAUGUUGUUUUGACUAUUAUUGGAGUCGAUCGCGGUUAAGGAGCAAGUCAUUUUUUGUUGUAAAAAAAAGGAGAAUGAUUGAUACACGCACGGACACACACCCGAGGGACGAAGAUGAACUGUGUUGUUUAUUUGUAAAUUUGUGUAAUAUACUAGUACCUGUAUUUGAGGAAAAGUAUUUAUUUAAUAAAUGGUCGAAAAUUGAGAGAGGAAUAAAAUUUUGUAAAAGCCGUAUUUUAAA